GAUUCUUUUGGAUUCUUUAUAGCCUUGGUAAACCGCAUCGUUCUUCAGCUAAUUGCGAAGCGGACUUUGAGUUUGAGCCAUGUCCGUCGAGAUUCUUUUUCCGGUCUCUCUGCUAGCAGUUUUGACUUACGCUCAAGAGACCAGUUUCGUGUACAACGGUUUCAGAUCGGCCAAUCUGAGCCUCGACGGGAUCGCUGAGAUCACCUCCAGUGGCCUCCUCAAGCUGAACAACGACGCCAGACAGCAGGAGGGCCACGCCUUCCAUCCCGACCCAGUCCAGUUCAAGAACUCGCCGAACGGCUCCGUCUUUUCCUUCUCCACCACGUUCGUCUUCGCGAUUCAACCUCUGUAUGCAAGUCUGAGAGGCAACGGCUUUGCCUUUGUGGUCACGCCACAGAGAGGCCUCCCCAAGUCCCCGCCAGGCAAAAAUCUCGGCAUGUUCAACUACACCAACAACAGCAGCUCUACCAAUUAUGUAUUCAGUGUAGAACUCGGCGCAAUGCAGAGCAGCGAGUUUCAGGACAUCAACGAUAAUCACAUCAGCAUCGACUUGAACGGGCUGACGUCAGUAAUGGCAGCUCCGGCGGGGUAUUAUGAAGAUAAUGGGGAGUUCAACAACUUGUCUCUAAUCAGCGGUCAAGCAAUGCAAGUUUGGGUGGACUAUGAUGGCACGGUCAAACUGAUCCACGUCACAUUGGCUCUGAUCAAUGGGCAAAAACCGAAGACUCCCCUUCUGUCUCUUCCACGGGAUCUCUCACCAAUCAUCAACGAGAACAUGUAUGUGGGCUUCUCAUCAUCGAUUGAUUCGCUCCUAACUUCUCAAUAUGUUAUGGGUUGGAGCUUCAAUGUGAAUGGAGAGGCUCAGGCACUUGCCCUGUCCCAACUUCCUAAGCUUUCUCAGGCCGGUAAGAAGGAGACAUCGAAAGUAAUGACUAUCGGGUUACCGCUGACGGUUCCUUUCGUUGUGUCGGUGCUGAUCUUGGGCCUAGUUUACGUGAUAAGAAGGAAAAAGAAAUUGGCGGAGGUCCUUGAAGAUUGGGAGAGGGACUAUGGCCCGCACCGGUUCAAGUACAAAGAUCUUAACACUGCGACAAAAGGAUUCCGGGACCAACAGUUAUUAGGGACUGGUGGGUUCGGCCAGGUAUAUAGAGGAAUCUUACCCACAUCAAAAACAGAGAUUGCAGUGAAAAAGGUCUCCCAUGAAUCGAGACAAGGCAUGAGAGAAUUUGUGGCGGAGAUUGUCAGCAUGGGUCGGCUCCGUCACCGCAACUUAGUGACGCUCCAUGGUUACUGCCGCCGGAAAAAGGAGUUGCUCCUGGUUUAUGACUACAUGCCCAACGGGAGCCUCAACAAGUACCUCUAUAACCAACCGAAGGUCACCCUGAAUUGGAUGCAAAGAUUAAGGGUGAUCAAAGGAGUGGCAUCUGGGCUGCUUUAUCUGCAUGAAGGGUGGGAGCAAGUGGUGAUCCACAGGGAUAUAAAGGCAAGCAACAUCUUGCUAGACACUGAAUUUAAUGGAAGACUCGGAGAUUUUGGGCUCGCAAGACUACACCAUCAUGGAACCGACCCUCAAACGACUCAAGUCGCGGGAACGGUCGGUUAUCUCGCCCCUGAGCAUAUGCGAACAGGUAAGGCCACUACGAGUACCGACGUGUUUGCGUUCGGAGUGUUUUUACUCGAGGUCGCGUGCGGGAGAAGGCCGAUAGAGCAUGGGGACACGGAGGACGUGAUCUUAGUGGACUGGGUAUUUUCUUGCUGGGACAGAGGUGCAAUUCUCGAGGCAAGAGAUCCGAAAUUGGGGUUGGAGUUUGUGGGAGAAGAAAUGGAAUUGGUGCUGAAACUCGGGUUGAUGUGUUCCCACUCCGAUCCGUUGAUGAGGCCAAGCAUGCGUCAAGUAUUGCAGUACUUGGAGGGCGAUCUUCCAAUGCCUGAAUUGUCGUCCACCGGAAUCUCUUCUGCCGGGUUAACAUUUGCUCAUCGCCAAGCUUUCCACAAUUUGGCGCACUCAUCUUCUGUCACAGAAUCGCUUCUCUCAGGUGGCCGAUGAGCCUCCUGGUGUAGUCUCUGAUUUUCUUCCUUCCCUCCCGGUAAACCGAGACAAUGUGCAGAUCUAAAAUUCGCAGGUUCCGAGAAUCAUUCCGAUCCUAGUAAUUGUAAGUAUCACCUACCGCAUGCUCUUAAUGUUAGUAUGGCUCAGAUUAGCUGCUGGUGCAACAGCCUCAUUCGGCUGCUGCUCCCGAGACUUGGUUCACCGAGCGGUGUUCCUUAUUAUUCCUCUAUAGACCUGAUCACACAUGGAAAAA